GCGGUGAAGGCCCCGUGACGCAGCUUGACUCGGGUCCAGCAGGUUGGGACCAGCCCGGGACUGCAGCCUCCCCCCAGUCUCGGCCUCUCCCCCGGUCUGAUAGUUCCCGUGUUCCUCCUGCGUUCAUCGACUAAAACAAGCCAACAGAACCGGACUGAACCCGGGACCCGCUCGGCUUCCCACCAAACCGGAAGUAGGGUUUAUUUAGUAAACAAACGGCUCGCUUCGCGGUUAUGGGGCGAAGACUGGCGUUUUAAAUCCGUUUGAAGCGACUCUGUGGGCGGACACACAGGACCCGGGACGCUAGCUAACUCCCUGGCAUCUUCUCCUGGUCUCAUCGGUUAGUCCGCCGCAGCCAUGGCAGCAGGACGGACGGGUCUGGGUCUGCUGGUCCUGGUCGGGUUGAGCUUCCACCGCGGCGGCUCCUUCAACCUGGACGUGGACAAACCGCUGGUGUACUCCGGAGAGGAGGGCAGCUACUUCGGCUUCUCGGUGGACUUCUUCAAGCCGAACGACCAAAAGUCCGAUGUUCUGAUCGGAGCUCCCCGGGCCAACACCUCCGGCAGCAUUGUGGAGAGGGGAGCGGUGUACAGCUGCCCCUGGAAGAGCUCCUCAGCCUGCCAGCAGCUGCUGUUUGACAGCUCAGCAAACAGCUCCUUCCAGCAGUGA